AUGCCACCGAAAAAAUCUAACCUCAACAACGAGCGGAGCAGAGAGGCACGACGCAAACGUGUUGUAAGAGCUCAUAAGUCGGCAGAACAAAUCACAACAAGAAAUGCAGCUCAAAGAAUCAGGACAGCAGAGGGUCGUGCACAAGAAUCUCAAGAACAGCAUGAAGAACGUCUGCGACAGACUAUUACGAGAACAAGAGCGGCACGAGAACGAACCAUAGCUGCAGCACGAGUACAAGAGCGACAGAGGCAGCAGACCAGCCGCUCAUUAAUACGUGCAUCAUUUGUUCGUCUUGCUUUCGGAAAUGCACCAGAUAUUAACUACUAUGCGCAUCCAAAAAUUGGUAUCGGUGCAAUGGAUAAAGUAUGUCAAUAUUGUCAGGCAUUGAAAUUUCGGAAUGAAACACCCGGCAUGUGCUGCGCAUCAGGAAAAGUUGUGCUGUCACCUCUACCCACUCCGCCGGAACCUUUAUUAUCUCUUCUUGCUGGCGAGUCAGACGAUUCAAAAUUAUUUUUGCGUAAGAUACGCAAAUUUAAUUCUUGCUUCCAAAUGACGUCAUUUGGGGCAACUAAAAUUUGCGAUAUCGCAUCCAAUGGGCGUAAUUUUGAAACUACAUUCAAAGUACAAGGCCAGGUGUACCAUAAAAUCGGAUCAUUGUUGCCAAUGCCUGAUGAUGAUCCAAAAUUUCUUCAAAUUUAUUUUAUGGGCAAUUGUGAAGAGCGCGUGACAACUCGGUGCCAGUAUAAUUUCAUUGACCAAGCACAGGAAAGAAAGAUUGUGUUAUUGCUGGAAAAUUUUUUAGACGAUCAGAAUCAACUAAUUCGAUUGUUUAAAAGAGUUUCGCCACGAUUGCAAAAUGACGACUAUCAAAUCGUCAUAAAAGCAGACAAAGUACCAUUAGGUGAACAUGCUGGCAGAUUCAACGCUCCAACUGUUGAUGAGGUUGCCGUUAUUAUGGUUGGUGAUCCAGUUGACAAAAGAGCUAUAAAAAUUACACGGCGAGACAACACUGUCAGUACGAUUUCGGAUCUAAACCGCUCAUAUGACGCACUGCAAUAUGCAUUAAUAUUUUGGCAAGGACAGGAUGAAUAUCACCUUCACAUCAAACAGUGUAAUCCAAAUACCGGUGCUGAAGGAGAUAAAAAAGUUGAAAGCGAACGAUUGCGGUUCAUUCGAUACAACCAGGCUAAAUUACGAUCGGAAGAAUACAUUCACUUACGAGAUGCUGUUGUUGGAAAUAUCGAUGGAAAUUUAAACCCCAAUGACAUCGGUAAUGCUUUCAUUUUACCUUCAAGCUACAUCGGCAGUCCACGGAACAUGCAGGAAUACAUACAAGAUGCAAUGACUUACGUACGUCAUUACGGCCGACCAGAUUUGUUCAUUACAUUCACAUUUUUUGGUAUCACACGUUGUUGGCUGUAUUCGAUUGAGUGGCAAAAGCGAGGUUUGCCUCAUGCCCACAUUUUAAUUUGGCUUCAAGAUAAAAUCCGUUCUGAAGAAAUUGAUCAAAUAAUUUCAGCCGAAAUUCCAGACCCAUCAAUUGAUCAAAAAUUGUUCGAUAUUGUUACCAAACACAUGAUCCACGGGCCGUGCGGUGCUUUCAACAUGACGUCACCAUGCAUGGAAAAUGGAAAAUGCAAGAAAAAUUUCCCAAAGCCGUAUACGAAUGACACUAUCACGGAUAUUGAUGGUUAUCCAAUGUAUCGCCGCAGAAAUACUGAUAAUAGUGGCCACACAUUCACAAUGCGACUGCCGAAUUUUACAAAUCAAGUAGAAUUUGACAAUCAGUGGGUGGUACCAUACUCACCAUUACUUUCAAAAACUUAUGAGGCUCAUAUCAAUGUCGAGCUUUGCAGUUCUGUAAAAUCAAUUAAAUACAUUUGUAAAUAUGUAAAUAAAGGCAGUGAUUUGGCCAUAUUUGAAGUACAAAAUAUAAAUAAAAAUGACGAAAUAACACGAUACCAAAUGGGUAGAUACAUUAGCAGCAACGAAGCUAUUUGGCAUAUUCUUAGCUUUCCCAUACACGAAAGAGACCCUUCUGUCCAGCAUCUAGCAAUACAUCUUGAAAACGGUCAACGAGUAUACUUCACUGAAGAAAAUGUUUUCCAAAGAGCGCUUGAGGCUCCAAAAACGACACUAACUGAAUUUUUUACAUUGUGUAAAAAAUCUGAUAUUUUUGGCCAAUUCGCAAAGACAUUGAUAUAUAGUGAUGUUCCACGUUAUUUCACAUGGAACAAAUCCGGUAAAAAAUGGGAGCCACGAAAACAAGGAAAACCACAUCCUUCCAUUACAGGCAUAUUCAAAGCUAAGACAUUGGGGCGGCUUUACACGGUACAUCCGAAGCAACGCGAGUGCUUCUAUUUACGUUUGUUAUUGGUGAAUGUUCCCGGACCAACGUCUUUUGAAUUUUUGCGAACAUUUAAUGGCCGAGUAUUCAAUACAUACCAAGAUGCAUGCCGUGAACUGCAUUUGCUAGAAGACGAUAACCAUUGGGACUUAACGCUUGCUGAUGCUGCGUUAACAUCAACGCCCAAUAACAUUCGUCAGCUGUUUGCAAUUAUUUUGACGACAUGUUAUCCAUCGCAAGCACAAACUUUGUGGGAAAAAUAUAAAAAUUGUAUGACAGAAGACAUAUUGCACCGAAUUAGACAAACAGAUCAAUGCCAAAACAUUGAUUAUACGCCACAGAUGUAUAAUGAAGCGUUAGUGCUUAUCGAGGAUUUAUGUGUUUUAAUUUCAAAUUUACCACUUAAUCAUUAUGGUAUGCCAUCACCUGAUCGCCCAGCCACCGACUUAGUCAACACCGAUUUACAACGAGAAAAACAAUAUGACCAUGGUAUUUUAGCAACAAUUAUUGGGAACAGUGAGCCAUUAUUGACAGCAGAACAAAAAAUUAUUUAUGAUCGGAUUAUGCUGACUGUUGCUGCUGAGCAAGGCGGUUUUUUUUUCUUGGACGCACCAGGUGGAACCGGUAAGACAUUUUUAAUAUCAUUGAUUCUUGCCAAAAUACGGUCACAAAGAAAAUCGCAUUGGCAGUUGCAUCGUCAGGCAUUGCGGCUACUUUGCUAG